AUGCCACCACCGGCCACCCAGUCGACGCACCACUACCACCCGCAUCAUGCGUACAACCAGGCGGCCCCAGCCCAGUCUGAUCCCGUUCAGCUCGCGCACUUCGUCAUAUUCAACCCAACCUUGAUCCCGCCCAAGCGCAGACAGCGGAACAAAGUUGAUGACCAGUCAACCGAGUCAACAAAGUCAUCUGACCUCGAUCAGACCGCCCUGUCCCCGCCAUCGUCUCGAUCUCAAUCUGACUCGGAGCACCCGUUGCACGUGACGGCCAAGCAUGCAAGCGAGCCUGCUCCAACCGGUAUUGCAACUACCGGCGGCAGUAGCGAUGGAAAGCCAGGCGAAAUUCUGGAAUCUGCCAAAAAUCCUAAUCCUGACGACGUCGAUGUCGCAACCAAGGUACCGAGCCUUGACGUUAGUAGCCCGACUCCGAACAAGGAUGAAGACAAUCCAGACUUAGAGGACGACUUACGGGAGGCUGCUCAGAUCGUGUUCUACACAUCCCACCAGGCGGGGCGUGUGUCGCGGGACACGAUGCUUCGCCAGGUCGGUCUGGCGAAGGGUUUGAUGGGCUUCGCCGACAUGGCUGCACCGUCACGGGCAGAGAAGAACGUCUGGGCUGUCCAUGGCUCACACUCGCGCAUGAUAGUGUAUGCCCCCCUACCGAACUGGUACAUGUACAUCUGCAUAAAGAGCGCUGAAGCUGGCGUGCAUGCCCUGUCGGACCAGAUGCUGGUCUCGGGCCUCGAACGUGGCUAUCACGACUUCUGCCAUGAACCUGGUCAUGCGUUUGUCAGCCAGCUCGAGCGGUUCUUCACACGCUUCACGCUUGCAUUCGAGGCCACGUACUUGACCGCUCCAUCGCUGUUGACGUGGCUCGGUGGUCAAGCGCCGUCCGACCCGGCGCUGCAGGCGAAGCUCCGGGCACUUCCACCACCAACCGGAUCGACCGUCGGCCUCAUAACGCGGACCUCCGACGGUGCCGUGUUGCGAGCAUCGGCGGGUGUACAGCUCGACCCGCCCGUUACGGAUGCGCUGAUACGUUAUCUCACGCCGCUUGUCCCUCCUCCACCGGCGCCGGAGAAAGAGAAGAAGACGGAGCGCCAAGCUCUAGGUUUUGGCUUCCGCCGCAAGGAGGCUAAGGACCUCCGACAGGAGGCAUGGACGCCCUUGUCGUGGGUGGGACUUGCGCCUCGUAGUGCGAGUGCCACGCCACCCCCGAAACCGCAGCCUUCGCAUAAGGUCACUGCCUCGGGUGGAGGACGACGCUGGUUCAACGACAUCGGGGGCGUCUUUGGCUUGGGCUCGAAACCAGCUUCCCCAGCGCCCGAUUCGAAGGAAUCGAAGGACAAGGAGGAGACCCCGGCGCCCCAGAAUCCUCCGGCAGUUGGCGUGGCGAAGGAGUCGACCGAAGCAGACAAGGGCAACGUCAAGGACGCCUUGCAGGUUGGUGAGAAUGAUGAUUCCACCGGCGCGAAGUCAGACAAGGAGGACGCCACGCCGACUUCCUCCACGACACUACCCAUCCCUUCUUCCGAAGAGCCCGGUCCCCAGGCACCGAUGUUAGCCGUCUCCGCUGGCGACUCCAUCGUGACGUCCGUCGCCUCGGACCCAUCUACGGCUUCUACACCUUCCGGCUCCACACUGGGCCACGCGCACGCUGCCCCGAGUGUCAUUACAGACAUGACAGAUGCGACUGCGACAAUAGAACCUUCUCUCCACACCAGCGAGGGCACAACGCUGGUAGACGACGGCGCCUCGGUACGCACAACGCGAAGCACGCCGUCGUUGAUUGCGCCGGAGGGUCGCCCGCCCAGUAUAGCGAUACAGGAUGCGCUGAUGAGCGAGCCGGAUCCGUGGGUUCAGCGCACAGUCUUUGUCCCGCAGAAGGCGAGGCUCCGGUUCGUCGUCAGGAACGGAGCGAUGGUAUUUGUUGUGGAGCCGGAAGCGGAAAGCGAGUCGGAGCGGCCAGGGGAUGCAGAGACUCAACCUCAUGCUGCUGAAGGGUUACAGGCUGAGAAGGUCGAGAAAGCGAAUGAGGACGAGGAGACGCAAUUAGACAUUUCCAAGGGUAUCGACGCCGAAGACAAGCCCUUCAUCGACCCGUCGGCUCUCAGAGACGUGUUCACGGCCCUCGACCCAAGCCCCUCCUCGACGUUCACACCAUCGCACAUGCCUACUCCGUCUAUCGAGAAGCUGCCCCUCGGUGUGUACCAUUCAGGCGGAGUAACGAAGGUCCGGCCGGUCCCGAAUCCAGAACUCGUAGCUCUGGCCAACCUCCGCGAGAUAGGUACGCUAAAUAGCUUCGGUCAACUCCCUAGUGGUCGCUUUGUGGCCCGGAAGGAGGAGGAGGAUGGCGCCGAGCUGUUUGUCCAGACUCACAGGAAUGUCGGCAUCACGGAGGCGGAGAGGGUCAUGCGCCAGUGGAGCUAUGAUUGUGAGAGCAUCUAA